GCUCCUAUCCGAUAAAUCCAUUCUCCUCCAUUUCUCUAUCCCUCUGACGAUGGCUGCUCAAAGCUCAAAGCUCAAAGCUCAAAGCUCAAAGCUCAAAGCUCAAAGCUCAAAGCUUGUUUUCUCCUCCACCAACGGCCAACCGCUAAUUUCACUACCAGACCCGAUCGUUUAAGUUUCGCCCCAGUCUUUUGUAGUUAGAAGCGUUGAUGGGAAUAGCUCUGAAACACCGGCUUCUCUAAGCUAUACAGCUGAGGUUUCAAAACCUAUCGUUGAGAAAACAUCAAACCGUAUUCCACUGUGGAUGAAACUGCUACCAAUGAAGAGAUUAUCACAGAGCCAGUAGAGGAACAUGUUGCCACACAACCAAUAAGCGCAGCAAAAGAUCCACGACUUCUGUUCUAGCAUCCCUAAUGGUACUGUGUGACACUCGAAGUUAAGUUCAUAUCGUAGCAUUUCUGAGUUGCCUGUUAAAGUGUGUUUUAUUUUGAACUUUUAAAUUUUGUUUUCCCCAUUUUCAUGUCAUAUGGGAGAGUAUUUAUUGUUUGGGUCUUGAUUCUGCUUCAUAAAUGACACUUUCUCAGGUGGUCUCGUUAGGAGUGGAGGCCUUCUGGGGUUUGUGUUUUACAAGUUUAACAACUGGUGUCCUCUAUGGUGGUGGCCUUCUAUCCCUUUAGUACAUUGAGCUAAAAGAUUUGGUGACAGGGAAAAGUCUAGUUUAGCUUCUUAUAUAUUAGGGACAAGCAGGUAAGCUACAUUUACUGUCUACAGGAACAAUAAGCAGGUAAUCACUACUUUCAAUCAGUAAUUCAAAAAAUGGAGAUCUUCUCUCUUUUGAUAACUCUGGUGUGUUGGGUUCCUUGUGUAAUUUUAUACUUUUUACGAGUUGCUAACUAUUCUUGUUUGUGACUCUGUUCUUUCCAGUGUCAUAAUCUAAAAUUUUGUUACUUGUGACAUGCUAUUCUUGUUUUUUUCUUAAGCUCUAUUCACUAUUCAGGAGGUUAAACCAAAGGGCUAAUCUGGUUGGUCAACUUUCCAGCUUGUGAAUACAGCAUUUCAAAUCAAACAACUCCAUAUAUAAGAAACUUUAUCAAAAAAAAGUAAAAGUUGAAUUUAGAGUAAAAAACAAGAAAGUAAUUCGAGUUAAAAGCAAAGCUGAGUUUUAUCAAAGGAAGGUUUACAAAGCAAAUUUUUGAUUAGCAAGUUGCUUGCGCGCUGAGUUUGUUCCAAUAGCUGUAAUUUACCUAGAUUAGUAUUAUGAGUUUAAAAAAGCACAUAGCACACGGUAUAAGUUCUAACAUUUUACAUCAUACCACUAAUGUAAAUGAAAAAAAAAAACUUCAGUCUGAAGGACUUUAUAAAAAUAGAAACCUUAUGAGCCGACCUGCUGAUUAUUUUUUCUAUAUAUACCGUAAGCAUUCACCACAUACAAUACAAUAACAACAUUAAAGUUUUUGUUUUCAAAGUCCCUCUAAUAAGUCUCUGAUCUAAUAAGCCUUUCUUAUAAUUCUCUAAAAUGUCGACUGGUGACAGUGCGACCUCACCACCUAAAAAAUUGAGUGAACAUGAGAAGAAGCAGAUGCUUAAAGAGCUCCAGAAGCAGGCCUAUGAGGCAUUACUUUGUGCCUUUGGCGUGGAAAACAAGGUGAUCGAUGAUGAUGUGAAGAAACUAUUGAACAUCGAAGAGGAGUCUCCAGAGGAAAAGAGGAAGAUAGCGUAUGAAGCAAUGGUGCUUGCAACCACAUUCAAUUAUUCCUCGCUAGAAUUCCGCGAUGAUGUGUUAGCUAGGUUGAGGAAUCAACUUCAUAUAACCGAUAGCUUCCACAGAGAAUGCCAGAUUCGUGUCAACAACAACAGUUUACUCGUCCAAUUUACUGGAGAAGCAUCCGGCUCGAACAACGUAGGCGAAACAAGCAGGUGGAGUAUCAGUUAUGUCAAAGGCAAUAUCUUACGUCUUAAGAGGACAAAAAAGUAACUUUAGUUUUAUCUAAGUAGUAAUUAAAUACCGUAUUUCAUCGUCGUCUCUGAUCUCUGCGACCGCACAUACACCAUCGUCGCUGUUGAUAAAUAAAUUAUGAGAUCCUAUUUCUUUUC